GCGUGUAAAUGGAUGCAACUCGUAAAGAGAAAGAGGCAGAGAGCUACCUAAGAAACACGAGAACAUCUUGCUGCUUUGUCUUUGCCCCCAGCUUCCUAGAAGAUGAACUCGGGAAAAAAAAAAAAAAAAAAAAACUCCCAACUGCUCCACCGAUAAGCCCUCAGAUUCCAACACCUCACCUCCCAUCCCAUACAUAUCUCAACGGUCAUCCCAUCUGUCACACCUCAAUUGGCCCAAUCCCACAAUGUCGGAAACCACCAGCACACACAUUUUAAAUACAUAUAUCGAUCCAUCCAAACACACAUAUGGCAAAACACGAGAGCCAAUUCCACUCAUCCAAUCAUAGGCACGCCCGCACUCGAUUCAUGAUCACGAUACAUUUGAUUUGAGUACGGAGCUUCCUUCCCAAAAUUCUACCCUCUAAAUUUGUUUCAACCAAUCCCACCUAAAUAGGAGCAAGGCUUCAUCACCCUCUUGAGCACACGUACGUUUCCUUUAUUUUCCAAAUUCCCAUGCCUAUAUAUAUUUCACCCUCAUCUGAUUUCUUGUACUUUUGAGAGGCCCUUGCAUGCGCUUUGCUUUGCUUGCGCUAAAAAAAAGUGUCCCCCCAAGUGCCAAAUUCAUAGUUUUGAUAUAUUUACAAUGAGCCCACAUGCAACCAACAAAAGGGACGUCAACGUGAUCAUCAACAACAAUAACAAUAAUAAUAAUGGUUUGUAUCCGCCUCCCUCAUUGAAGAUCAACAAGGACUCCCAUUUCAUCAAGAAAUCGCCCUCCUCCUCCUCUUCCUCCCCGUCCUCGUCCGCCUCCUCGUCCACGUCAUCGCUAGUGAACGCCGUGGCGGGAUCUGCUUGUGCGAGGCCGCCGCCGCAGCAGCAGCAGCGCCACCCGGUCAUUAUCUACACGCAUUCGCCCAAGAUCAUACACACGCAUCCGCGGGAUUUCAUGGCGUUGGUGCAGAAACUCACGGGCCUCUCGCGCUUCGACGAAGAUGCACAAGUGGCGCCCCCGCAGCAGCAGCAGCAGCCGCAGCGGACGACGAAAGCCGAGAGGGGGGAGGGUUUGUUGGAGGAGGAGAUGAUGAGUGGUAAGGGCGCCAAUGUUGUGAUGAGAAACGAGGAUAACGACUCGUCGUCGGUGAUCACGGCGGAGGAGAAUUGCAGCAGCACAAAUAUUAUUAAUAGUAAUAUUAAUCUAGGGGUCAGCGUAGGCGUAGGAGGAGGAGGGGAUGGGCAUGUUCAGAUGAAUUCAUGCUUUGUGCCGCCCAAUCCUUAUAUCGGAGGGAUUCCGGUUUUUACCCCCAACGCCGCCGAUUUCUUUAGCUCCAAUCCCAUCAACCACCUUUUUACAAUAUGAUCAUCAUCAUCAUCAUUAUCCACGAUCCAUGACGAUCCAUGAGGAGGAGGCCUACGUACGUGACCAAUUAAGGGAAGGAUUUUCACUCUUUUUGUUUAGAAUUAAUGUUUGAUUAUUGGUUUUGGUUUUUAUUUAUUUAUAAAUAUGGGUGCCUGUCAUGUCAGCUGCCAAUAAAAGUUCUAAUUUUCUGGGGUAGAACCUUUCUUCUGUGAUGAAUAUUGUCAAAACACUGUUGAAAUUUGAGUU